GCUACUUAAAAAAAACAAAAAGACACCAAAACAACUCAGGGAAUUUUAACAAUGUUUCGUAAACAUGUAAAAAAGGCAUCAGGCUGACUAUUUCUAUCCCAAGUUGAACCUGUAAUUUGAAAUCCUUUUGAAAAUCCUGAACACGAGGAUAUAUGCUUAACAAGACCUUCUGCAGCCUACCUUAGGAUAGUAGCUACAGAAUACUGUAUAGAAGUGGAGCAGUGAGUGGCAUUUUACAAUAAAAAAGUCAGACCAUAAAUAUAAAAAACAGAAGUAAAACAAAAAGCUCUGAACAUUGUGCAUAUGAACUUUAGUUUUGUUCUUUCAAAUGAGAAAUAAGGGUUAAACAUAUAUCUCAUUUUAGAAUGUUCUAAGACUUUCUUUCCAGUUUUGACAGAACAAUUCUGACAACCAGCAUGUGGUGUUUGUGCCAUUGUCAGCUAGUUCUCUGCCCCUGGAGAUGAAAUGCAAAACUCCACCUGCCAUAGUGGGGUUUGGAAGCAAGACUGAUUCUCCAAAUCAACUGCAUCAUUAAGCUUAUUUCAUACAGAUGGUUUUGAGCAGAACAACUAAGAGUCAAGUUGAGGAUAUAUGUGCAUGUGGAAAAUAAAAUGCAAAGGAUUAAAAGAGAAAUAGGACUCUCAAAGAGGAUAGGAAAAUUUUAGUCAAGUUUUCAUCUCAUUUAUGAACUAAGCUACUAUUUUUCUAAAGUUCUAAUAUUUCUCUUUGGACUAUGAAAGUCUUUUAAACACUUAGAUAAACUGUCAAAUAUGUUUAGUUGCUAUUCAAAAUUAAUCUUAGAACUGGUGCUCAAUGAGCAUUUGAAUCUACUAUUUUAUCCUCCCUCAAAAACAAAGGAUGGGUAAAAUGAAAGCUAUAUUAAGCAUCAUCAAGAUAGUUGAUAGAUAUGAGGGAAAAGAUUCAUGUCUAGUUCUGGUAAAGAAAAGGAACCAGCAGAAAUGGGGUUAAUUCUAGCCUUAAAAAGAAGACUGUGCAACACCACACUUCAAAUGAACACAAAUUAGAACGACCCUGGGAAAUCUAUAAAGCCAUGUUUUAUUACCAAGGAUCUGCAGUAAGAUCUGCAUUUGCUGCAAAACAAUGACAGUCAUUUAUUUAUGAUGUUUAAUAGAAUAUGCUUUUACAUGGAUUUUUUAUUACUGAAUUGUUCAACAGGUGACAUUCAGUACAGCUUGGUAUCACCUAAAUAACAUUAAAAGUUUUUACUGCUGGUAUAGCUGAAAUUAACAUAUCCACUAACAGUGUAUCUGAAUAUAAACCAGCCUUAUGGUGCUUGGAAGAAAAUCAGAUCCGAACAAAUGACUAUGGAUGGACACACGGGAAUUAAAAGGUCCAAGGAUAUUCAGUAAUUGUUAAAAGGAAUGAACGAACCUAAAAUACUACCAUUUCCCAAUCCGCAAGAAGGAACAUUUGUGAAGAAACAUUUGUGUAUGUGCAAUUCAAAUGACCAUAAAGUUCAGAAAGGUCCUAUAUGAUCUGAAACAUUAAUUUUCUCAUUUAUCCUGUGCAUGGCAUCUUACAAAUAGCUUCUAUUCCAUUUCCAAACAGUUUAAACAUUUUAUACCAAAAAAGUAAACCUCUUUCCAAAUCCUUAAAAUGCUUGCUGUAACCUCUUUGGAAAUCUCAACAAUUUAACCAUUUUGGCACUGAAAGUCAAAGCGUGAAUACUGAUGUGAUAUUUCCAGCAGAGAUCCUAACCAUGGAAUCUUACACAGGAGCAGUAUCAGCAUUUAUUUGUAACAGCACAUCUUUUGAAUUAAAUGGAUCACAUUUAUGUAAUGAAAGCAUGUCUUCUAUCUUGGCUGAUAAAUCAGAAGAACACCAACAAUACAUUAUUGGACUUUUCUUAUCAUGCCUUUACACUAUUUUCCUUUUCCCUAUUGGCUUUGUGGGAAACAUUCUGAUUUUAGUUGUGAACAUAAGUUUUCGGGAAAAGAUGACUAUUCCUGACCUGUACUUCAUAAAUCUUGCAGUAGCUGAUUUGAUUUUAGUUGCUGACUCCCUCAUUGAGGUUUUUAAUCUUGACGAAAAGUAUUACGAUAUCACUAUAAUUUGCACUUUCAUGUCUCUGUUCCUUCAGAUCAACAUGUAUAGCAGCAUUUUCUUUUUGACAUGGAUGAGUUUUGACAGAUAUAUAGCACUUGCAAAAGUAAUGAGGUCCAACAUAUUUCGGACUAUGCAGCAUGCUAGAUUAAGCUGUGGCCUCAUAUGGAUGGCAUCUAUCUCUGCAGCACUAGUGCCAUUUACAGCUGUACAUUUGCAGCACACUGGAGGGGUCUACUUUUGUUUUGCAGAUGUAGAAGAAAUCCAGUGGUUAGAAAUAACCUUGGGGUUUAUAAUCCCCUUUGUGAUCAUCGGUCUUUGUUACUCAUUAAUUGUUCGAGUUCUUGUAAAAGCACACAAACACAGAAGUCUUCGACUACGGCGCCAAAAGGCUCUUCGAAUGAUUUUUGUAGUCGUCCUGGUUUUCUUUAUCUGCUGGCUACCUGAAAAUGUCUUCAUUAGCGUUCAGCUUCUUCAAGAGAAAGGAAAGACACUCUCUUCAGGCAACCAAUCUUUUCGGCAUGAUUAUCCCCUCACAGGACAUAUUGUAAACCUAGCAGCCUUUUCUAACAGUUGUUUGAAUCCUCUGAUUUACAGUUUUCUAGGUGAAACUUUUAGAGACAAAUUACGGUUGUAUGUUGAACAGAAAACUAAAAUGUCAACAUUCAGUCGUUUUUGUCAUGCUGCCCUAAAGUCAGUCAUCCCUGACAGCAAUGAGCAAUCAGAAGUUUAAUUUAGUAGUGCUGUAUAAAAACAUAACUGAAAAUUGCACAAAUAUAGAACAAAACUCUUGCUACUAACAGUAAAAUAUAUGUAUAUAUAAUGCCCUGCUGAGUACUGAAGGUUUAUGCUCUAAAUAUUUUUAUGACAAGACUUUAAGGUGGAAGAAUACAUUUUAGUCAGAUUUAUAUUUAAUUAUCAAUAGGAUUACUAAAAGCUGACUAAUAAGGGGGCUUUAGUUUGCAUUAUACAUGUAUGAAUGAUAAUUUAUCAGAAAACGUUAUCAGACUAGGAAGA